CAAAGCUGUCAAAUUCGCCUACUGUAGCCACAUUUCGACUCCGCGACCUUGUACCUUUUCGAAUCAUCAUGUCCAUUGUCACUGUUUUUGUGUCAACCGAUGAGAACGUCAAUAGCGAAAGACGCUUUGACAAAGGUCUCACCAUUCUCGACUUCAAGUAUAAACUCGAACCGAUCACGGGAAUCCCGGCAAGCACCCAAAGCAUAUCAUUGUAUAACGGGGAGACAUUGAUUGGAAGAAUAGAUGACGAUACAAGAAUGCUGGGAGCUUAUCCUAUUGAUGACUAUAUGCGAAUUCACGUCAUCGAUCUGAACCCACAUCGCCUGAAAAACCAGUACAAUGAUACCUCACUAGUCGAUAAAUUUGAACUUACGGAAGAGGAAUACGCCAAACGGACUGAUAGCGUCAUGGCAUUUAAGCAAAGAAACAAGUUAGGUCGAUUUUCCGAUGAAGCCUCAGAAUCAUCACAGGCUUCAGAAAAGGCUCAAGAGGAAGCUUCAAAAGUUAUCCAUCUCGGUGAUAGAUGCGAGGUCCAGCUUACCGACGAUGCUACCUUGCGAAAGAGGGGCAGCGUUAGAUUUAUUGGCUCCACCGAGUUCCAACCUGGUAUUUGGAUAGGUAUAGAAUAUGAUGAGCCACUGGGCAAGAACAAUGGAACUGUCCAAGGAGUUGAAUACUUCAAAUGUGGCCCUAAUUAUGGUGCUUUUGUAAGACCAACCAAAGUCACUGUUGGUGAUUUUCCAGAAGAAGAUCUUUUCAAUACUGAUGAUGAAUUGGAGGAAAUGUAAUAAAAAUAUGCACAACAUCUGUAGCCAGUAUUGUUACUGUUUAAUUUCAAUGAA